AUGCCGACGCCUCGAUUAUUCCUCGUCCGCCACGGCGAAACCGAGUGGUCGCUCAGCGGAAAACACACGGGCCGCACCGACAUCCCCCUCACUGCCAAUGGCGAGAAGCGAGUCCGCGCCACGGGCAUGGCCCUUGUUGGCCACGAUCGCCUCAUCGUCCCGCGCAAGCUUGUACACAUCUACGUCUCGCCACGGAAGCGUGCCCAACGGACGUUUGAGUUGAUCAACCUAGGAAUAUCAGGCACCCUGCCGUGGAAGGCACACGGCCAAAGUGCCGAGAAGGGCUUGGACUGCGACGCAAAAGUCCAAGUGACCGACGACGUGAGGGAGUGGGACUACGGCGACUACGAGGGCAUCACAUCAUCCGAGAUCCGCAAGAUUCGCUCGGAGCAGGGAAUACAGGGGACGUGGGACAUCUGGAGGGACGGGUGUCCCGGCGGCGAGAGCCCGGAACAGGUCACGGCGCGUCUAGACCGCCUGAUCAGCGAAAUCCGCGAAAAAUGGCACAAGCCCGUCAUUGGACGGCCAGAGGAUAAGAAUGUACAGGGUGACGUGUUGAUUGUAGCGCAUGGGCAUAUCCUGCGUGCCCUGGCCAUGAGAUGGGUUGGCAAAUCGUUGCAGGAUGGGCCGGCGUUUCUGCUCGAGGCCGGUGGCGUCGGGACAUUGAGUUUGCAAGAGCCGGCCAUUCUGCUGGGCGGCUCGUUCGUCGUCGACCUAGAGGAGAAGCAAUGA